GCCAGUGAUGAUAUAUCCGUUCACUUGCUCACCGGACGUCGUGGUCUCUGGUUGUGUCGAACGCUCGAUCCUUGCGAAGUGUGGGCAUUGUGAGCUCGGUACCGAGUUCGCCAUCGGGAAAGUGUGACUAUCAAAGACAGCAGCAUCCAUCAUCGUGUCGGCCAGUCUCGUCCGUCAACGUUAAGCCGUCUUUCGCACGAACCCGCUAAUCAGCAACCAUGGCAUCGAGACUUGGAAAGUUCGGUGUGACAGCGGCCGGUAUCGCAAUGGGGGCCGCUCUGUCCACCUAUGCCCUUCAGCACAAAGAUACGCCCCAGUAUCAGGUUCAAAUGGAGGAGAUGCAGCGUGUUCGUCGUAAGCGCACAUUGCCGCCACGAUCAGAACAGAUCCGAGCGCUGCAGAGUGGCGAAGAGUACGAUGUGCUGAUCAUUGGCGGUGGUGCUACCGGCGCUGGCUGUGCACUGGACGCUGUGACACGCGGUCUUAAGACGGCACUGGUGGAGGCAGACGAUUUCGCCAGCGGUACCUCGUCACGGUCUACCAAGCUGAUCCACGGUGGCGUACGAUACCUGCAGAAAGCUAUCCUCGGUCUGGACAUCGAGCAGUACCGGAUGGUUAAGGAGGCUCUGCACGAGCGCGCAUCCAUGCUGCGAUCGGCGCCACAUCUCACGCGACCCUUGCCGAUUAUGCUUCCCGUCUACACCUGGUGGCAGAUUCCCUACUUCUGGGUCGGUAUCAAGGCGUACGAUUUCGUGGCCGGCGAUCGAAAUGUGAAAAGCUCGUACUAUCUGUCACGAUCGGAUGCGCUGGAGCUGUUCCCUAUGCUGCGCGGCGAUAAGCUGUGCGGUGCGAUCGUAUACUACGAUGGGCAGCAGGAUGAUGCGCGUAUGAAUCUGGCUAUCGCGCUUACCGCCGCCCGUCACGGCGCCUCCAUCACGAAUCACGUCGAGGUGCUGGAGCUGCUGAAAAAGAAGGGCGACGACGGUAAGGAUGUGCUGUGCGGUGCGAAGGUGCGCGACAACAUGAGCAAAAAGGAGUGGACGAUCAAGGCGAAGUGUAUCAUCAACGCCACCGGUCCGUUCACGGACUCGAUCCGCAAGAUGGACAACCCGACCGUGAAGGAAAUCUGUUGCCCGAGCUCCGGCGUGCACAUUGUGCUGCCGGGUUACUACAGCCCGCAGCAGAUGGGUCUGCUCGAUCCGGACACUUCCGACGGUCGCGUUAUCUUCUUCCUGCCCUGGUUGAAUGGCACCAUCGCCGGCACCACCGAUUCGCCAUGCGACGUGACGCGCACACCGACACCGACCGAGGACGAGAUUCAGUUCAUCCUGAGCGAGAUCAAGAACUAUCUGAACAAGGACGUUGAUGUGCGCCGGGGUGACGUGCUGUCGGCGUGGAGCGGCAUCCGACCGCUCGUGUCCGACCCGAACAAGGAGGACACACAGUCGCUGGCCCGCAACCACAUCGUGCACGUGAGCGACUCGAAGCUGAUCACGAUCGCUGGUGGCAAGUGGACGACGUUCCGCGCGAUGGCGGAGCACACGAUCGAUGCCGCCAUCAAGGCGUGCAACCUGAAGCCCGAGCGGGGCUGUGUGACCGAUGGGCUGUGGAUCGAGGGAGCUCAGGGCUGGACGCCGACCAUGUACAUCCGGUUGGUGCAGGAUCUGGGGCUGGAGGUGGAGGUGGCCAAACAUUUGGCCAUCUCGUACGGCGAUCGUGCGUUUGCGGUUGCCAAGCUGGCAACGCUGACUGGCAAGCGGUGGCCCAUCAUCGGCAAGAAGCUGCACCCCGAGUUCCCGUACAUCGAUGCGGAGGUGCGUUACGGCAUUCGCGAGUAUGCCUGCACCUGCGUGGACAUGAUUUCGCGCCGGCUGCGGCUAUCGUUCCUGAACGUGCAAGCAGCGAUCGAGGCGCUGCCAAUGAUUGCGGACAUUAUGGCAGAGGAACUGAAGUGGUCGAAGGACGAGAAGGAGCGCCAGAUUAAGUCGUGCGAACAUUUCCUACAAACGCAAAUGGGCCACCAGGCGAACCGUACGCUAAAGGAGAAGGUACCGAUCAAUCUGUCCAAGCAAGAGGUGGACAUGUACGUGAAGCGGUUCGAGACGAUCGACAAGGAGAAGAAGGGCUACGUGUCGAUCACGGACAUUAAGCGCGCCAUGAAGUCGUUCGGCGAUGCGGAGGUCAGCGGCGAGGAGCUGCACGAUAUCCUGAAGGAAAUCGACACCAACAUGAACGGCCAGGUCGAGCUGGAGGAGUACCUACAGAUGAUGUCCGCAAUCAAAUCCGGUUUCGUGUCGCACUCCCGGUUCGCGGCCGUCGCGGAACAGGAAGAAAUCCGCAAGGAGCAGGAACGUCUACGAAAGCAGAUCACCAUCGAACGCUCUGGAGCUACUAGUCAACGAAAGUCAAACUAAACCUAAGCGUGCACAUGUGUCUGUCAACUGCAGCUACUAAAGCAUGCCCUCAACCAACACCACCACAGUCGUGCAUUUGUGAGGCUAACAACCAACCAAAGCUCGUCUCGCAAAACACAAACCUCAUAGAAGAAACCCCGUUUUCCGUUGUUGUUAAUCUGGCUGCAGUUUAUUUAUUUUCUGUUGUUGCAUUUGUGCAUUGUAUGCAGCUAUCUAUCUAUCCAUGUAUCUAUCUGUACAUGAUUCCUACAGGUGGUGCAGGGUUUCGUCCAUUAGACGAACCUGUGCUACCGAGGAAUUGUGUCACACAGUAACUUAUGCUACCUUGUAAGAACACACUGAUGUACAUAUAUUUGUUGUUGUAAGUCACAAGACAUUUUUCGCUGUGCAUCACCCAAAACGCAUCGCCUUCCGGGAGCGAGAGCGAGACACACUCUCGUACGAAAGACAACGCCUAGAAUACCUGUUGAAGCCUUGCGACGCUAGUAGGGGUUUUAGUAAAGUACUUAUUGUAAAACGGCAUCGAAUGAACGAUCAAGCUCUUCUCAUCGAUAAUCGCUACAGAAUAUACAGGGGAUUCAUGUUUCGCAAAGCGCAAAGCGGAUUCGUAAAGCGUUCAUAGCCAAUCAGUCAUAGGAAAUUACCAACGAAGAACGCACCUCUAUCUUGUGAGAUUGGAUCUACACGCUCACAAAGCAAAGCAACAACAAACUCCUGCUGAUCAUGUACGCCCAGCAACCCCCACCACCACCCUCAUCCCCGUCCGUUCCUAUUGGUCGGUAAAUGUUAGGAUAGGAUAUACAACAACGCAGUAGAACGCGGUACACGCGUCACGCUCGAUCACAAAUAGUCGUGUUGUAAUCGUACAACAAAAUCAUCAUUACUUCAUUAUCGUUUGGCGCAGAAGUCAUCAUCAAUCAAUCGAUUUGUUAAACCUUGGCCGAGAAACGAACUAACUGAAGCGUCCAGUAAAAAAACUGUACUUUAAAACAACAAGCAAUGCAGAUGUUGAAGUGCACUUUUCGAUUCAGAGUUUAUGUUUGGUAAGGUUUUGAGGAAGAGUUUUAAGAUUUAAUAGGUAAGAAAUAAUGGAACAAAAUACUACCGAAAUAAAAGUUACGCGAGAUAAAUCUCUACCUGUGGA